UCAGGACUACGUUUCUAGAGAGUCAAAUGGCAGUUUAAUAGAUCAACAGUUUUAGAGUUGUGUUUCUCCGCAAAAUCCAAAGAAGCAAUGAUCCAUUAUCCAGAACCAACAUAACACAUCAAGAUCUUAAUGGUCAAAGGCUGACAUUUCAGCAGAACAUGGCCCCGAAUUCCAUCCACUGGUUCCGGAAGGGUCUGCGUCUCCAUGACAACCCAGCCCUUCAGGAGGCUGUGCGCGGGGCCAGCACAGUUCGCUGUGUGUAUUUCCUGGACCCCUGGUUUGCUGGGUCAUCCAAUCUUGGGGUCAACAGGUGGAGAUUUCUCCUUCAGUGCCUAGACGAUCUGGAUGCGAAUCUCCGGAAACUCAAUUCCCGCCUUUUUGUAAUUCGUGGGCAGCCAGCAAAUGUUUUUCCUCGUCUUUUCAAGGAAUGGGAUAUAUCGCGGUUAACCUUUGAAUAUGACACGGAACCGUUUGGAAAAGAGCGAGAUGCUGCCAUUAAAAAACUCGCAAUGGAGGCAGGAGUUGAAGUCAUUGUUAAGACUUCACACACUCUGUAUGAUCUAGACAAGAUAAUUGAAAUGAAUGGUGGUCAGCCUCCCCUCACGUACAAACGUUUCCAGACUCUGAUUAGUCGUAUGGAUCCUCCGGAGAUGCCUGUCGAGACUCUGUCCCAUGUUGUCAUGGGAAAGUGUGUCACCCCCAUCUCUGAGGACCAUGGGGAUAAGUAUGGGGUACCCUCCCUUGAGGAGCUCGGAUUUGACACAGAGGGUUUACCUACAGCUGUCUGGCCAGGGGGAGAAACGGAGGCAUUAACGCGGAUUGAACGCCACUUAGAGAGAAAGGCUUGGGUAGCCAACUUUGAGAGACCCAGGAUGAAUGCCAACUCACUGCUUGCCAGUCCUACUGGUCUGAGCCCCUAUCUGCGAUUUGGCUGCCUCUCCUGUCGCCUCUUCUAUUUUAGACUCACAGAUCUCUACAGGAAGGUGAAGAAGAACAGUUCCCCGCCCCUUUCUCUCUACGGACAGCUACUGUGGCGGGAAUUUUUCUACACAGCUGCCACCACCAACCCGCGUUUCGACAAGAUGGAGGGCAAUCCCAUCUGUGUGCGCAUCCCGUGGGACAGGAACCCUGAGGCCCUGGCUAAAUGGGCCGAGGCGAAGACGGGGUUCCCCUGGAUCGAUGCCAUCAUGACCCAGUUAAGGCAAGAGGGCUGGAUCCACCACCUAGCUCGCCAUGCGGUGGCCUGCUUUCUGACCCGCGGAGACCUGUGGAUCAGCUGGGAGGAGGGCAUGAAGGUGUUCGAGGAGCUGCUGUUGGAUGCAGACUGGAGCGUGAACGCAGGCAGUUGGAUGUGGUUGUCCUGCAGUUCCUUCUUUCAGCAGUUCUUCCACUGCUACUGCCCCGUGGGUUUCGGUCGGCGUACUGACCCAAAUGGGGAUUUUAUCAGACGAUAUUUACCUGUUCUCCGAGGUUUCCCCGCCAAGUACAUCUACGACCCGUGGAACGCUCCGGAAAGUGUGCAGGCCGCCGCCAAGUGCGUCAUCGGUGUCCAUUACCCCAAACCCAUGGUGAACCAUGCCGAAGCCAGCCGCUUGAACAUCGAGAGAAUGAAGCAGAUCUACCAGCAGUUGUCCCGCUACAGGGGCUUAGGAUUACUGGCGUCUGUACCCUCCACGCACAAUGGGAAUGGGAACGGGACCAUCAUGGCCUACUCGCCAGGAGAGCAGCAAACAGGGACCAAUGCUGCAACAACACCACCAGUGUCUGGAAGUUCUGUUGCCAGCGGUAACAGAACUGGAAGUAUUCUGCUGAAUUUCGACAGUGAGGAGCAUCAAGGACCAAGUGGGCUUCAACAACAACAACUUGGCUACCAAAACAUGCCAGACUCAAGUCAAGUCAUCAACGGCAGCCGACUCUACCAGUCCAGCAUCCCACACGAUUUCACCGUCCCCCAGCUUCCGGGCUGUCUGCUUCACACUGGUGGAAGUGUAACAGGUAAGAGGGAAAGAGAGCUGGACCCAGACAGCGAAGAGGAGGAGACACUUUCCACAUCGCACAAGCUGCAAAGACAGAUUGCAGAGAAGAGCUAGAGGGACAUAUCAUCUGAGAUCUACAAAAACAGCCAAACACCACCAACAGAGCAGAGCAUAUAGAGGAUCUACCUAAAUCCUUGUUGGGAAAAACAGUCUCUCCUUUUAUCAUCUCUUAGGGAAGAAUGGGCAUUUGGGCAUGUAGAAUGUGUCUUGUGUUUUUUUGUUUUUUUUUGCGUUGUUUUUGUUUUGGAAACCGGAAUAGAAGGUGAAAAUGUGAAUGACGCUUUUAUUACUGAAGUGGAUUCUAAGCGUAACCGGAGGUAAACAGUUCAAAACAACACGACUUGAACACGAAAACGCGCGUGAACUAUUAGUCCUUUUCCUCCCUCAAAUCCACUUAGAAGACUCAAGCUCUUGCCUUGAAUUUUGACGGCUGAACUUUUUCACGACCGUAGACUAAAAGCGAAUACCGUUCUCUUUUGAGAUGUAUAGUCGGCAUUUAGCGGCUUACGGAUAUUUAAAUAUUUUUCCGAGGAGGGUGAAACUAUCUCUUCCAUUUUAACACUUGGAGAGACACACACACAAUCUGAGGUCAGGAAGAUUUGCUGUUUAUGUGAACAAAGACGAGCACGUACUCUCUUUCAUAACCACCAGCAGCAGCAGCCUACUGUUUGACCCCACACAGAAACAACCAUCACCACCACCAAGUCCUUUUAUAUGGUUACCGUAACCUGAAUUUGACUUUUUAAAUGAGGUAAUAUUUCACAGAAACAAUUUGUAACCUGUGCUCGUUUUUGUACAUAAAACAGGAAAAAAAAAAAAAAAAAUGUGACGCGGUUAUAUUUUAUAUAUUCUUACUUUAUAUUCUGCUUUUUGUUUUUCCCACUGUUCCGGAUCAUUUGUGUAUGAGUUCCAAAGGUGAAGAAACGUUGUAUAUUUAGCCGUCCAUAAAAUGUAAUGUAAAUACGAAAAACUUCUUGAUUCUCAAACUAAAAAGCUGUAGGGUUAAGGCUUCGCUUAUUCUUGGAUCUUUUUUUUUUUUUUUCUUUUUUGUGAUAAGGAUUUUUUUUUGUUUUUUUGUGAUUUAGAAAUCAAAGAUUGAUGUUAGCUUUAGGAUUGGUACUUUUUAUCUCGUCAAGUAGUAACUUUAGAAAGUUUGCCUUUUGUAAAACACCUCAAAGAAAAUCAACAGGACUUUUCUACAACCAGGUUAUUCUUUGAAGACACUUUUUUUUUUUUUCAAACAAAUACACUUCGAUGUUUUUAUUUAGCUGCAGUACUUCACAGAAGUACAAAAAGGAUUGAUCUUGCUAGUACAGUGCACUGGAAUACACCAGAGCCAUGCUCAACCUUGCGAUUUUUCCACAGUCAUGCUAGACCAAAACUUUGACUAAAGUCUUAAGAGCUAAUCUGUCAACACCUCAUCCUGGAUAGUGUUAAUUCGCCGUUUUCUCGAGGCCAGUACAUUGUUUAUGGAUAUGUCAAACAGCCAGAGAAGAAAGCAUUUUCCCCAGUGCAGUGCAGUUCAAACAUCAUGAGGUGUAGCAUGGCCCGGCGGUGAACAUAUCCCUACAUUAAUAGGUAGUCGGGUAUCUGUCCAUAAAACCACACUACAAACUGUGCUAAUAUUUUCUUCUUUGUGAGUAACUAUUCUAGAUGUUUACACAGUAAUCGUGGUGAAUUUGUGAAGUUGUUUCAUUAUUGACUCUAUUACAUCAUCUAGCUGUUGAAAAAAUGUUCAGUACAAAAGUCCAUCAUUUUUCCAGCAAUCUUUUAGACCAAAAGCACAUUUAAAUCUCAUUAAACGUGUUCCAAGGAUCAUCAACGGGGUCAUAGCCAUCAAGAAAACCAGAGAAGAAAUGCAAAUUCCAAAAAGUAACAGUAAUUAACAAAAGUAACAAAGGCACAAGGCUGAAACUAAAUAAGCUGGCCUUACUGUGGAAAAAAAUGGCUCCUGUGAUCAGUGGAAAAGGAAUGAUAAAAGUCAUUGUCCCUUAUUAUAUGUAAAAAUGUUUUCUUUUAAUUGGUUUUAUCAAAAGAAUUUUUUUUUUCAUAAUAUGUUUUGUGUGUGUCUAUCAAGACAAUUUUCCAUCACUGUACUUUCAUAAAUGUGAAAUUCAGAUGGACUCGGUGUACCUCAGUAUAAAUGCACGGACACGUAAGGCAACUACUUUUUUUUCUCUCUCUUUUUUUUUUUUUUAAACAAAGAUCACCAGCACCCAUCCAAAAUCAGCUUUAGCCCUCGGCUUCACUUAAGUUUUCAAGCAGCGCGCCAGCUAGUGACCUUAAAUCGCAAAUAGUAUCUGAUUUACUGUAGAAUGAAAUGACAGCUUGUUAUUCAAUGUCGUGAGCGGAGACAUUCCAAAUUAGGUAGAGUUUUGUCAUCUUUUAAAAAUCUCUGACCCUGCUCCUUGUGCGUGACUGUCGCAGUCAUUCGUUUAUAUAUUUAUUUAUUUGAUUUAUUGGAGUAUUCGACUCAAGAGCACCGCAUUCUCCUCUAGAAUGUACCUUCUACGAUCAGUUUUCCACGAGCCACCUUUUUUCUCUCGACAUAGCAUUCAAACAGUAUUUAUUCUGUUUGUUGCUCGAAUUCCAUGUUCAGUCUGUGUUAUGCGCUAGUGUUUUGAUAAGGCAAGGGUUAAAGGUGAAGUAAGGUAACCGAGAAGAACUUUCUAGAAUGUUCUUGGCGUAUCUCCUCAGGGAUGAAGAUUUACCAUCGCAAUCGUAAGUUAGACCUCAGAAAAAAAAAAGCUUUACACCUCAAAACCGUUGUCUCUCUAAGACGAGCAUUUUCACCAUUCUUUCCUCUACGUUAAUUUUAUUUUAUUUUGUUGUAUUUUUUUUUUUAUUUUGUUGUAUUUUCUUUUAUUAACAGACAAAACGAGAAACUUAGAUCAAAUACAACAGCAGCGAUCAAUAAACAAUGAGGAGAACUUGAAACAGUUUGACAUUAAAAUCUUACUUCUUAUACUCAAUAAAUGUAUAUAUUAAGAUACAUAUUAAUAAUAUGGAGCUCAGUCAUAUUUCUCAUUCACUUUGCAUUUUAUCUAAGUUCAUUUAAGUAUACAAAAUUAAAAUGUUCCAUCCUCAAAUACAUUUGAGUAUUAGAACCAACACAGUGCUCUACAAGUCUUUGUAACUGGAUUUUGUUUGUUUGUACGUUUGUUUAAUAAUGAGAUAAAAGAAUGGUUAAAAUACUGUUUUACAGACAAGGCUCCAAAUACAGUUUACAGUUUAUAACUUUACACCAGUGAACCACCAUUACCCGCAUACCUUUAAAAUGUACAGUUUUGUUUUUUCAGUAACCAUAAAUGGUUAAAAAAUUAGGUUAUAUACAAAACUCCAAGAUUUAAGUUUACAGUGCUGCAACGGAAUGCCUGUCAGCUCCGUUACCUAUAACUACAUCCUCUACAGAAGUGUUUAGAUUCCCCUUUGGCUGCAGCUUUGGUACUGAAGUUAGCCACAGAUACAGCAUCAGCGUACCAUGCUAUCUACAUGUCAUAAUAGUCCAUAACUUUCCUACAGGGACAGGAACUUUUUGGUAUUUAAGAUGGGUUUAAUCAAAACGAGGAGAGGGUGACAUCAUUGUUGAAUGUUUUGAUUUUUGAACUUGAUUUUGAGAGAUUUCACUGCUUUUUGACUCUGCUGUAGUAGUUAAUUGUUUUGGUCACAGCAAAGAAAUGAACCAUCUUUUUUCUUUCUUUCUUUUUUGAAGGAUCUUCUUUUCUCUCUCCAUGAAAUAAAUGUUUGAUAAAUGUAUACACCCUCUUCUCCUUCCAGUCAGUAAACCGGUGUAUUUGUGUGUUAUUGAGUUGAUGACUAAAAUAAAUGGUUGAAACCUG